UCUCUCGAUUUUUUUUUGUCUGAUUCAUUACCAAUGGCCAAGAGCAGGCAUGGGAGACGAGAGUUGCACUCUUACACCAUUAGAGGCAUGUACACAAUGAACAGAACUGUUAGAGCUGGGGACGCUGUGUUCAUGCGGGCACCGGAGACGGAGAAAGACCCUUACGUGGCAAUCAUCCAGAAGAUUGAGGCGGAUAACCGCAACAACGUGAACGUUCAUGUCCGGUGGUACUACCGGCCGGAGGAGACAAAGAGAGGGCGGCAAAGGUUUCAUGGGAUCAGAGAGUUAAUGUUGUCGGACCACUAUGAUGUUCAAAGUGCGGAGACUAUAGAAAGGAAAGUUACUGUCCACACCUUCAAGGACUACACUGAACUUAAAUUUAUCAGCCCAACUGAUCUCUACUGGCGGUUUGAGUAUAAUGCCAAAACUGGAGCCUGCAAGCCCGGCCGUGUUGAAGUGUUUUGCAAGUGUAGGAUGCCAUAUAAUCCGGAUCACUACUUUAUGCUACAAUGUGACAAGUGCAAUGAAUGGUUUCAUCCCAGAUGUGUGGGCAUGUCUAAUGGAGAGGCGAAUAAGCUGGACACUUAUGUUUGCGAAAACUGUGAAUCCGGUAAACGUGUCAGGAAACGUCCAUCCCAGCGUUCUGCUAGCCAGGUUGGGCCGAAACGCCAGAAGACUUAAUUAGGUUGCAGUUUGAAGAAGAUGGAGGAGGGAGGGUGCAUACUUCUGAUUUGGUGGGAUGGGUUAAGUUGCUGUGAUGUACUAGUUUGAAGGAAUUGAAAUGCAUGAGAACUUGUUAAGAAUUCAAGUUAUGUAAUCGGCUGGUUAAGUCUAGUUUUUUUUUUUUUUUUUCUUUUAAUUCGCAUUUGCGGAUAAGACUAAUUCAACCGAGUUAGUUUCAGUUGAGCCCCGCUUGAAGACGUUUCUUUAGAAAUGUCGAGGGAAGAUAUCUCAAUACCUGUAAAACGUUUGUCUUAAACUGGGU